AUGGAGAUAUUUUCGGAGCCGUAUGGAUUGGACAAGGCGAAACGGUAUGAGAUCGUCCGCACCGUCGGCAGAGGCGCCUUCGGCGAGGGAUCGAACGCUGUUCUUGUGCUCGAGUACAUGCCCUCGGACCUCGCAAAGGUGUUGGACGGCUCCCCUAAUCCCCUGGAAGAGAGUCAUAUCAAGGCUUACACGGCAAUGCUGCUGAAGGGGCUGGCUUGGAUGCACGCCCACGGGCUGCUUCAUAGGGACAUUAAGCCUUCCAACCUUCUGCUCAGCGCUGGCGGGGUGCUCAAGAUCGCCGACUUCGGGCAGACGAGAACGCACACCAUACCGCAGACGCGAUCGUACAGCCACCAGGUGGCCACUCGCUGGUACCGCGCGCCAGAGCUCCUCUACGGCGCAAGAAGGUACGGGUUUGCUGUGGACAUGUGGGCGGCCGGGGCGGUGGUAGGAGAGAUGCUGGCGGGCCGACCUUUGUUUCCGGGAAGGAGCGACAUCGACCAACUCUACAAGAUUCUCCAGGUGACGGGGAGCCCAACGGACGAGAGCUGGCCGGGAGUGAAAGACCUUCCCGACUACGACAAAGUCUGCUUCGCGGAGAUGCCGCCCCAAGACGCUUCCGUCACUUUUCAGGGGUCGUCCCGGGAGGCGUGCGACCUUACCCAGGGGAUGCUUCGCUUGGAUCCCCGCAAUCGGACGCCUGCUCUGAAGGCCCUCCAGCACAGGUACUACAUAGGUCUGGCCGACCACAGUUGCACCGAUUGA